UCUCCUCCAUUUGAACUCGCUAAACAAGUUCCUCUUCACCACCUGUAAAGAAAGACACUUAGACGACCGUCGUGUGUGGACAGUUUUGAUUUCCAUCGUUUCCAAUUUAGUCAGACCUCUCAAGGAAAUUGUCAGUAUCUUGGAUUCACCUCUUAUGCGCUGCGUUUCAAGGUGUAUGUGAUCCCCUGUUACCUCUGAGCCCUGGUCAACCUUUUCCGCCUCGCCUCCCCUACCCUCUCUGAGGCCAGACUGUGAUCCAUGGCGCUGCUUCUGCAUUUCUGGAAGCAGUUGUUGAGGGUGAAAGUGGUGGACUGUAACUCAGACGAAUCACGACUGUCCCGAUGCCUCAACACUUUUGACCUGGUGGCCCUGGGCGUGGGCAGCACGCUGGGGGCUGGCGUCUAUGUGCUAGCUGGCGCUGUUGCACGUGAGAAUUCAGGUCCUGCUAUUGUGCUGUCUUUCCUGAUAGCAGCAUCAGCCUCAGUGUUGGCUGGCUUGUGCUAUGCUGAAUUUGGAGCCCGUGUUCCCAAGACAGGCUCAGCUUAUCUGUACUCCUAUGUGACUGUAGGGGAACUCUGGGCCUUCAUCACUGGAUGGAACCUCAUCCUCUCCUAUAUCAUAGGUACCUCCAGUGUGGCCCGCGCAUGGAGCGCAACAUUCGACGAGUUGGUCGGGAAGCGCAUAGAACAAUUUUGUAAAGAGUACAUGCCUAUGAAUGCACCAGGUAUACUAGCAGCAUAUCCAGACAUGUUCGCUGUAGUCAUCAUAAUCACCCUUACAGGUCUAUUGGCAUUUGGUGUCAAAGAGUCAGCAAUGGUGAACAAGGUUUUCACAUGCAUCAACGUCCUAGUCUUGUUGUUCAUGGUGGUUUCCGGCCUGGUAAAAGGAACUUUGAAGAACUGGCACAUAGACCCCGAAGAGAUCCUACAUGAGAACAAUAUCAGUAACUCCAGCCUCAAUCUUACAGACAUAUUACCAUCCAAAGAACGUUUAGGAGUGGGUGGCUUCAUGCCAUUCGGUUUCACAGGCGUCCUUUCGGGAGCUGCUACCUGCUUUUAUGCUUUUGUAGGAUUUGACUGCAUCGCCACCACAGGUGAAGAGGUGAAGAACCCCCAGAGAGCCAUCCCUAUUGGCAUCGUGUCCUCACUGCUCAUCUGCUUCGUAGCAUACUUCGGUGUUUCUGCUGCUCUCACCCUAAUGAUGCCAUACUACCUGCUGGACAACAACAGCCCUCUGCCUGUAGCUUUUAAAUAUGUGGGCUGGGGAGGAGCCAAAUAUGCUGUGGCUGUAGGCUCUCUUUGCGCUCUGUCCACUAGCCUACUGGGUGCUAUGUUCCCUAUGCCCCGUGUGAUCUGGGCUAUGGCUGACGAUGGGCUGCUUUUCAAGUUCAUGGCCGAGAUCAGCCCCCGCACCAAAACCCCGCUAACUGCAACCCUCACCUCUGGCAUAGGGGCAGCUAUCAUGGCAUUUCUGUUCGACCUUAAGGACCUGGUGGACCUCAUGUCAAUAGGGACUCUGCUGGCCUACACAUUAGUGGCUGCUUGUGUCCUGGUGCUCAGGUAUCAGCCCGCGCAGCCAAGUGUAGGAUACGAGAUGGCCAAUACCCAGGAUGAGGUGGAAAUGAGCGAUGGCAUCAGUGCCCCAAGUAUGGACAUCCUACCCGGUAUGGAGGAGAGGUUCAGCUUCAACACCCUGAUGUUCCCGGACAACCCUGAGCCGUCUGUACUGUCAGGCUUCACUGUCAACAUCUGUGUCUCUCUCAUGGGACUGUUGAUCCUAGCCUUCAGUAUACUGGCAGUGCAGGGGGGCAUGGCUAUGUGGAAUAUCGUAGCCCUUAGUGUCAUCUUCAUGGCAUGUCUUCUCCUCACCUUUAUCGUCUGGAGACAGCCUCAGAGCAAGACAAAACUCUCCUUCAAGGUUCCACUGCUACCCUUCAUUCCAGUGAUCAGCAUGUUCGUCAAUGUCUACCUGAUGAUGCAGUUGGACAGAGGCACUUGGAUACGAUUUUCAAUCUGGAUGGCCAUAGGUUUCCUGAUCUACUUCUGCUACGGUAUUCAUCACAGCGCCGAGGCCACUGCGGCCCACUCGGUUCCAGACACAGAGAUGAAUGGCUUCAAGCGUGACCACGAUUCAGAGGCCAUGUCGCCAGAAAAGGAGGCUUUCCUUCACAACAGCAUUGAGGUCAGGGAAGAUGAAGACGGAGAUUUGUAGGAAGUAUCAGAACAUACUGUACAUUGCAGUCUGUUUGUGAGUAUUUUUGACAGGACAAGUCCCAGUCCCCUCACUGACAGUACUCCUCUUUUUGGAAGUUCAAAGUAAUGAUAAAUAACUUUGACUUCAAAUUCACAAACCUGUGACUUUCCCCUUCAGCUGCUGGGUAGAAGACACAUAACUGGUGGUCAUUCACAUGCAAAAACAGGACUUCUGAAGACGUCUGUUGUAUCAUUUCAGUAUUUUGUUUGUUGUUCCUUUUGCUUGGCCUCAGGUUUAAACUGCCAUUAUCAUUUGGCUGUCUCAGGGGGGAGGGGACAUGUUGGAGACUUUAAACAUGUCAACGUUUCCUACAGGUUCAGGGAUACUGGAAAACUAUAAUAUUUGCUUCUCGUCAUGUUGGGUCGUCUGGAGAGUGUUUGGGUUACAGUGCUGGAAGUAGAACUAUGUGCACAUGUGCAAUCAGCUUUUGUCCCGAUGCCAGAGACAGUAAUCUCUUUUCUUUUCUUUCAUUAUGUUAAAAUAUAAACACUAUAUAGCCACACUUUCCUGAACAUUAGAUCACAGUCAGUAUUAAGUACAGAUUGGUACAAAUAGCUACAUUCUCAUAUUGCAAAUGUGUGGAUACCUGCCAACUCUUAUGUGACUGAAAUGCUGUAGUAGAGUAAUAGCAAUACACUGCUUGUCCAUUAUAUAAUUACUCUUGUUCUUUAGCAGAGCAAGGUGAUCAGGCCACUGGUUGCACCUAUAAGUGGACCAGCAGGGAGCUGUAGCCUACAGUAUCCACGCGUCCAACUGCAUGUCUAAGUGUUAGACAGAAACAGCUGUUACAAUCUAGGUUAAAAAUUCCAGACAUAUAAGAUUCAAAAGAGGAGAUCUUGAGCAGUUUGUUACCAGAUGUCUGCAUCUUCUUCUCAAUAUAAAAGACAGAUGUUACUGAUACAUGUAAAACAUCAGGUGAAGACACUGACGGUGUAAGUCAGUUAAUGUCAUGUAACAUUAGAUGAUAGUAGAUUUUCACAGUGCUGGCUGCUGUGUCUUUUUGCAUCUGUACCUUUAUAACAUUUAGUUUAUUUUAAAAUAAUACAGGCCAACUUUUUUUUUCCUUUUGAAUGUUUAGUGUGAGUUUGUAUUUGUUCCCUGUUUAUUUUACGCCUUUCUUAUGUGUCUUCUUAAAAUGUGGUCAUUUCUAUUUGUUUUUCAAAUCUGAUUCAGACUAAUUUUUAUAAUGAGGAGAGAGCCUACAAAGAAUUUGAUCAGGUACACACUUUUUUUUCUAUUUUUAGUUUGUGUUCAUUAAAAUAUAUAAUACUUUUAAAAUGGGUUUCUCUUUUCAUAAGAUUAAAAAUAAGUAUUAAUUGGUUAACAUUUAGGUGUUCCCAUUAGCUGUAACCCUUUAGUGCAUUAACUGUGGUUUUGGGAGUCUCUUACAACAAAGUAGCUGUCUAUAAGUAGGGACAUGUAUAAUUAAGAUUGUGUAUAUAAGAUAUUGUUUAUAUUUCUUGCAGUAAAUUAUUUGUAAAUUGGAAAAAAGGCUUUUUUGUUAUUUUUACUGCCUAAUGACUUUAGUGCAUAACCAGUAGCAUCUGUCUGUGGGUACUUUGGUUAUGGCAGAUAUUACGUUGCCCUGCAAAGUGUCCAGCAUUGUGUUCUUUUUGUGUUUACAUGAUGAUGAGUGCAACUGAAACUUUGUAUCCUCAGGGUUGGCAUAGUCAAUGCCUUCACCUUCUUUUGUCUUGACUUUUACCGUUACAAAACUAGAAAUACGGGACAUUGGCAUGACGACAGCAGAGACAAGUUCAUUAGGGUCAUUGUCAGUUUCUUUUUUUGUAGCUGUUCACAGGGAAAGUGUAAUAAUCUGACAUCUAUAUUCAUUUGAUUAAUCAUACAUAACUGACUUUUCCAGCAGUUUUCUGUAAUUUGUGAAAUUUACAGUUCAAAAGACAGCUCAGCAAUAUUUAACUUUUUUGGUACUUGCAGAGAUAAACUUGCAGUUUCACAGACAACCAAAGUAUUUACUGUACAUUCAGUUUUCAGUUUGAUUAACAUGAAGGGAUUCAUGUGAAGAUUUACUGCUAUCUUUUGCCACAUGUCAUGCCAAAUCUCAGUGUUUACGUCUGCAGUAAAUAUGAUAUACUCAUGUAUAAAUACUCUAUUCUGUGAUCAUAUAACUUCUGAGAAAGAGCUUCUUUCUCCUGUUAUGCUGCUUUAAGAUCUUACUGACCUUAGCCUUCCCCUUUACAUAUCAUGUGUGUCACAUUUAUAAGGCUUUUGAUGUUUCAAAUCCAGAACCAGUCAGUGUUGACGACUGGUUAGUUUAUGUUUAUCAUUUUGCUGUGAUUAGAUAAUAUCCUCUUGCUACUUAAUGUUUUUUAUUGAUGCUUUUUGGUUGCCUUUUCAAAAAUUAUUUGUUGGUGCGUGAAAUUAUGUGUACAUUUUUUUGGAGAAAAAAAAACUGUCUGUUGUAGUCACAUUAGUGGGUCACUAUUUGUCAAUGGCUUCUCAUUUUGUUAUACAGCAAUGUGGUUCCUUCCCUCCAUCCUCACGUGAUGUUGCCUUUCAUAAGAGGGGGAAUCUUGUUGAGAUGCUGCAUUUACACACAAGAAUGCAGCUUUUUCAAAAUGAACUUCACAACUGUCAACAUGGUGUGUUAGCCAAAUGUUUAUUCUGGAGAUCAUGGACAUUGUGAAUAUACUUGGACAUCCAAAAACUCAUGGUCCACUUCUGCAUUUUACACCAGUCUUUUUCAGCAGACAGAGUUGGUUCUGUUGUCAAUGUAUCAAUACAAGCACGGACCGGGAAGGGAUCAAAGUUACUGACCAGGCACCAGAAGAUGGGAUGAAAGAGGGCAUUCAGUUCCAUACUUAUUGUAAAUCAGGUGAUGUUAAACUCCAUCUGCUGAGGAAGCUGUCGAGAAGUGGUGAAAGCUCUGGAUAAAGCUAGAAAGUGAACCUUGCAUUCUGGUUUUAGGUAUAUUUUCAGUUAUAAAUGUAACAGACCUAUAAAUGUA